AUUUGCGUUCAUGAGCAUAGUAAGUCUAAGCUAACCUAGUAGGGUGUACAACAUUCAUGAUAGGUAUAUCUUCUGUAGCUCCUACUUGGUGUUACUUGCACUAUGACUACCAUAAUGAUACGAGGAGUUCUCGGCCCCUUGCUUUUUUUGUUGUCACAGGUUCUUGUGCUGUUGUUUUUCUCUGCGUUCGUGCUUGCUGACGAAGGCGAGGAUGGCAGCGGCGAGAAGAAGAAGGAGGGAAGCAUGGAGAGCACGAUUAUGUGCACUUUUGAUGGGCAUCCGGAAUUAGACGUUGUGGACUGGACAGCGUUUUUCACCGUAUUGCAGCAGCAUUGCAGUUACGCGGAAGCGCAGUUUCGGAUUGUAUGCGCGCCUCAAGCGGUCGCUCUGGCCAGUUGGGUCACAUUACGGCCGAAUCGCGCAGUUGCUUCCUGAACAACUUCCUUUGCCGCUUUUCUCCUCGGAAAAAAGUGAAGCAGGAUUCUUGGGACAAGAAAAGUGAAGAUCAGGCUGCUCACUUUUUGGCUCUAAUCAAAGCGGAAAUCGCUUCUGCGAUGCGGGAACACGAGUUGAAUCUCCUGUGCCCCAAUGGCGUAGUGCAGGCAACAUCGAUUGCGUUGGCGCACAACACGACGCACCACCUGAAGCAUCGCUGGGUAUUGCGGGAAGCUCUACAAAAAUUAUUGAUGUGACUCAUAAUUUUUGCUUUUACACUUCCACGGAGGUAAAAUUACCUGUUGUAGCAAGAUGUUGAAACAUUGAUAGCGCUGUAUCAGAAUCAAUGUUCCUGAACUACGCUUCAACACUGCAUAAUUUUGAUUUCAAAAUUUAGCAAAAUACGUCUGGCCACUAUGAUUCACGUGCAACCUACUCUUUCACAACUUAGCAGCAGAUCCUUCAACGCCCUGCGACGUCCCGCUCUAAUUACAAGCUACGUCUUGGAUAAUUCGAAGUGGCAUGUGAAAAGCGUGGAUGCUUUGGAGCUCUUGCGAGAUACGUACAGACGGACAGAAUUUUCAGCAAAGGGAGUAGAACCUGUUCCGGUAGUACGAAAUCAGCAGAUGGUUUUUGGAGAUGCCAUCUUGGGUCCACCGGUGCGAGAUCGCCAACUGAUACCUGGAUUAAGGCUACCGCUGAAGCAUCCUCACCACUAUCCUUGGGGCGAUUUUCAAGGGGAAAAGGGGCUCAGGGAUGGGCUCAAGGGUGCGGCGCCACGUGGUAGCUCUAACCAGAGGUGUAACAAUUUUGGCGCCUUUCGUUGAUGCUGCUAGUAUGCAAGCUGGCGCGUUUGCCGACAUCCUCAGGAACGAGGAACUACAGGCGCAAAACGGCGGCGGAGUGCGCGUUCUUUAUCCAGGAUCGAGCCUUUUUGAAGAAAGUCAAAGUUCUAGUAUGGCAGGAGACGAGGCUGCACGAAGCAAGGCAGCUGCGAAAGAACGUCGUCGUUCUUUGGGCGACAAAAUGAACCGUCUUAGUGAUGAGGUGGACACGGAAUACACGCUAGUUGUCGCUUCCGAACUGAUCCCCAGUGCAGACGACUUGAAACGACUGCUACACGUGUUAGAUCAAGACGAUGGCUACCUAUCGGGUGUGAGCUUUUCCGGUUUAACCAAUGCCGAAGGUUCUUUGUCAGAACAGUUUGCUACUUCUCAACAUUUAGCGAAGAAAAUUUCAUCGCCUUCGCAACGCAGACGCAUCCUGGAUUUUUGCUAUUCUCUGAAAGCAAAACACUGGAUUUUGCGAUUUUCACGGGAUUACUUCUCGUACACGAUACCCAGAGAAAAAAUGCAUCCCAAGUUGUUACCCCCUGACACGAAAGUCAGCAUGCACGAUGACGGCGCGGUGCGCUACGGGAGCUCAGUACGAAGUUACCAUGAGCCGUUCCUUGCGCACGAACUUCAGAGUUGCAAAACGUGCGAAACCUUAGCGCCAACGUUCCUUUAUGAGCACUUUAUAGGUUCUUCAAGAUAUCUGUUUAUAAUAGGGGUCUUCUAGAUCAUAUCUGUUUUUGAUUUGUCAUUGAGGUUGAUGUAGUCCUCAAAAUUUUCAUUGCUGAUUGAAAUUCAACUUCAAUCUAUGGUGGUAACAAGACAGGGUAAUGACAUGAGUACUGCACUAUCCUCUAGGAGACCCUAGGAGAUCCGUGAUAUCCGCAAUAUCUACUCCAGACUGCAGAGUCCAGCCAAUUCCCACUUUUUCAUACUCUUGUGCGAACGAAAGUGCUUACGGAUAGUGCGCCGUUUCGCGUGUCUUUAGAUGGAGAGUGGGCGCUUUUAGACUGGUUUCUGCGCAAGAGCUGGCACGAAAAGGGGGAACAUGGGUUCGCGCAGUGCGUUGGGGGAUACCUCCAUCCGAUGCACCUGUUUGUUCAAGGAUCAUCCAGUAGUACAACAUCAUCUAGUUAUGUAGUAAGCACUAGUAGCGCAGUAGAACUCGUCGCAAGUCGUGAGUGGCGUCAUCUUUACGGUGCAAAAGAAGAUGUGGGGUUCUUUUUUUCAUCGAGGUUGUCCGCAGACUUUCGGCACUGGCUCAGCCACCUACUUCCAAUGGGCGCACAGCAGGGGCUAGAUAGGCACGUAAAUUAAGGCCCAAAACAACUCAUUUCCAGCGGUCAUUUUCUUCUGUUUCCUUCUUAGGAAGUUUAGGAAUGACCUAAAGAAAUGAAUCGCUUUGGGCUCUAAGUAAAGGAGUUCCUGGAAAAGAACGACCUGAAAGAAAUAGAAACGAUUGAUGGUGAGGAGCGGAGAUAUGGAUGCACAUUGCGCACCCCAAAUUGCCCCAUGGAUUGGCUCUACAAAGGCUGGGCGAUCCCUCCUUGCUGUCGCCGCACGUUGCAGAACUUGGUUUUUUUCGCCGAUGAACUCUUCGCGGAACACAAAAUCAAAUUUAGGAUACAUUUUUACAUACCACUCACCUUUCUACCGGCAUUCAUUCAGACAAUACUUUCUAAUUGUGGAGGCAAUACUUCUUAUGAGCAUCUUCAUGCUCCUGAUCAUGAGGAGACACUAUUUGUGUGAAGUAGAUACUCACGGCUAUGAACUAGCAGUUUUCUAAUUCCUUCACAUUAUAGAUGUUUUCGCAGACCACUAGUUUCCGUUUCGUAUUCUCAAUAGAGGUGGACUCUACAACCUUCUAUAUUCAGACCUAAAGUUUUUGCUUGUAAUGAUGACUUGACAAUAGAAUAGGCAAUAACAACUUGACCACAUAAUUCGCUUUCGCACAUCAUCACUUCUGCUUCAUAUUUGACAUCGUAACCGACGGCGGCCUUCUCGGAGGAUUAAAGCUAGGACGGUUUCUAGACUGGGAUGGCGAUGUGGACUUCCAUAUCGAGGACGAGAGCUUUGACAGGUUGGAGUCUCUGCGGCCAUGGAUCGAACAGGCAGGAUACCAUCUGCGACUGCACGAGGGAGGCAAUAGCUACUUGCUGCAGGCGAACAAGUUCAACUACUUGCUUAUGGCGAUGGAUUCUUGCAGUGUUCUUACAUAUCGGGGCGCCUCUGUUUUGCGGUAUUGUCUUUGGAAUAGGGGCAGGGGGCGGGCUGCCGCUUUCCGUGUGCAUCGGCCGGCCAAACUCUCGCUGUAGGACGCGGUGAGGCCGGUGGGCGCGCGCGUCAGGGUAGCGCCGGUCAAUGAAGGCGGCCUGCCAAAGUGGGGCCUGAUAAACUUACAAGAAACGCGGGGAGCACAGCAGCACCCGGCAAGCUCGUCAAGCUCUUCGGGAAAGCGUGCCCCGUCUCUCUUAGCACUGGCCCCGCCGGAAACAGCGCAUGAGCCACGGCGCGGACGUGCUCACACGAAGGGAGAGGGCCAACGGAAUUUCAUGCAGGACCUGCAGCGCGGCGCACUUCGUGCCCAAAACCAGACACGGGGGGCACGUGAUAGGGGGCGCGAAUCAUUUCAGUCAGGAGCUGGCCAAGGUUUUCGCUUGGUUGCGCCGCCAGUGGAGUGCACUCCCUGCCAGGUAGGGGAUUCAGUCUUCGGAAAAGUCUUGCAAAGGGGCGGCCGGGUUGUUGUUUUGGGGGUGCCUUUGCUCGGCGCCCCGCGUCGCUAAAACCACAGACGCCAGGCCGCUGCUGUAAGUAUUGACGCAGGGGAGGCACCAAAGAAAAGCGGCCGAGCGUGAGACAGAGGGCGCGCGCGGCAGGCAAGAGGCUGACGACGACAGAGGGGAAAGGAGGCCGCGCAAGCCUCAACCGGCGGGGCGGGCAGCCUCCGCCGCGCCACGCGCUGGCCAUCGAGCCCCGUGCGGACAGUGUCACAAGCGUCCCCCACGGCCCAAGCAGUUCUGUACAUUGCAGAACGCAUCCGCCACCGUGCAGCCCUUUGGUGGAGUCGGUCUGGCCAUUGUCACCAAGCGCCAGACUUGCUCUCUUUCCUCUGUGAAGAUCCGCUGCGUACAGUUCGCAGGCGGUCGGCCAAGGUGGGGAGCUUUCGCCAAUCUUGACCCCUUUUGCAGGCCUGGUCCUGGCGUUGUCCUCAUGCAACCCGCUGCGGGCCGGGUCCUCGACAGCGCCAAUGUAAAUAGGGGCCAUGCCUAACCUCUCACCGACCCCGGGGCAAAUAGUAUGUAGCCGCACUCGCAGGAACCAAGGGCGCGCUUUCGCAUGUCGUUAGGUAAGACCGCGCUGGGAUAUUGGGCCGGCGAAAUGUCUCCAGCUGAUUGCUGAGCUGACAAAGCUGGGCCGUUCUCUUGUCCGCGCCUGCCUCGGGGCUGGUAGCUUGGCGCAGUCAGUCUGCCAGGCUCGGCGGCUUUCGAGGGGAGGCACGCAGCGACCCCGCUGACCGGCCGGCAAGCGCGAGCCCGCGAGGAUGCUAGGGUCAGCAGGCUCAGUCAUGGCGGCGGCGCGCGGACAAGCAACAGCGCAGGAACGCGCGAAGCUUCCACGACCGGGGGGCCCGGAACCUGCCUCCCCCUGGGUGGGUGUUUUUUUUGUAUGAACUUUGACGAGCUACAAGUCCCUCAGCGUGGUGCGGUUUGCUUUCGGCGGUGCCCAGCGUAGACACACGCGCGCGAUUUUCGUUUGGGGUUUCCGGGCGGUGGCGGGGCCUUGGUAAUUUCGCUGAGCCGCUCUCCGGGCUCUCGUACACGUGCGCGGCAGGUGGGCGGAAUCUCGGAGGUGGCGGCGGGCGUUCAUCCUUGACCGAGCGGCUUAGGGCUUGUCUAUCGGUGGGCUACGGUGUGGACUGAAAUCGCAGCUGAGUCGAGCGGCCAGAGAAAUGGCGACCUGGCUGAGGAGACGGCAACCAAGAGAGACCAAGCAAAGAGCAAAGGAGGACGGCAAGGGGCCGCUGACGUUGCCGCGCGGCUGCACACGGGCGGCAGGCUGCUCGGGUGUUAGCUUCAGGCGGGCAGACUGCGUGGGAAGCGAGCAGGGGGCGCAGCCUUGGGGGUGGCAUUUGCUGGAGGCGUCUGCCGGGGAACUCUCCAGCCACGCACGUGAGCCCGUGCAACCAUAUCGGGGGGCGCAGCCAGUCGACGGCGAAUGCCGCGUGAGCUUCGUCACGCGACCGCCGUAGGCCUACAAGCUGACCGCCGGGCCUCGUAGGUCUGCUGCGCUGUCAGUCUGCUGCGGUGCCCUCGGCGUCGGCUUUGAUUGUGGCUGGGUGGCGUUGGGCUUCUCGUGUUAGCUUUGUCGCGCUUUUGGCCAGCCGUGGAUGACUAUCGUGGCAGCAACUUAGGCGCGAGGGAAGAGGGAACGCGCGUGCAAAUAAAUUCAGAGGAAAUGAAAGGAAGGCUGGCGCGGUCUGUGUGAUGAUUCUAAUACCAUGCUCGAGCUAAACAAACGGGCUGAGCGCUUUCCAGACGAUAUAUGGAUGAUGGAGAUCGAUGGACGAUGGUUGCCGGUAAUGGACAAUCCUGGACGAAACGUGAGUUAUGACUUUUCUGGAUUGUCCGUGUCUUUCUAGAUCAUUAGCUACACGUCGUCUUCUAUCAUAACUACUUACAAACGGAAUUUUUCCUUUUGUUUAGGAUUAGGUUUGAUCAGCUUCGUCUGCACCUAAUCGACCAAGUCUUUCUUUCAAACAUAAUGUGUCACAGGCAUGUAAGUACAACUUUUCUCUCCAGAUCAUAAUCGAGAUAAUCUUAACUUUUAGAAAUUACCAGCUUCAACACUACUGAUCUCAUGUGUCUUAUGUUCAAUAUGAUUGUCUCUUCUAAUGUCAUGAGUGGUACGGCGAAGGCAUCUACGCGCAUCGAGCGCGUUACAUUCCGCCGUGGGAAGAAGAUGCGGGAAAUUUGAUGUUUUGUAGUAAUCCCGGACACCACAACUGCGUCGACGACUUGCCUCACGGCGACGACUGCCAUUUAAAAGGCCCCUGCAACAGGGAAAAAUGGGUCCAAAAACUAGCGAUAUCAACUUAAUGGCAAGAGGUCUGUCGAAGAAAUUUUUUGACAGGGGUGGUCGUACGUUGCAACAUCUAAUGAUAGUAGUUGAACAAUCAUAUUUAAUACCUGAUAGGUUACAAUUUAUUUCCUAGUUAUUGUUGUUUAUUCGGGGACAUUGAAAGAGACGGGCGCUUGGGUCAAAUACCUGCACGGGACGUCGUUAGAAGAUUUUUAUAUAUAAUGGGAUACAAGGAGUCACUUUUUGACUACAAGAGGAUAUAGGGGCUCAAUUUUUUCAAUACCAGAAGUACACCGAUUCACAUCUAAUGCUAAGGGUAUGCGCUUCCUUUGUUACCUAUCGAGAAGGAAAGAAUGAACACUGGCAAAGCAGCAUCGCAUGGUUGCAUGACAUCACACUAAAUAGCCUCUCUUGUUCUUGGAAGAGAUAGAGAAAAGUGCCGAUUGAUUUUCUCAGAAAAAGAAGGAGAUUCUCCAAAUGAGUAUCUAUAGGAAGAC